AUGGCGCAAUCAGGUCCGGUGACCGACGUUGUCCAGAGGCUCUUCACGGAGCUCAAGUCCAAAAACGAAGAAGCACGAGUCAGAGCUUCGUUUGAGCUUUACGACAACGUGCUCACUGUUUCACGCGACUGGGCCCCCGAGAAAUUCCUCGAAUUCUAUAAUGCAGUGAGCCAGCGAAUAGCCCAACUCGUCGUCACGGGCAGCGACGCCAACGAGAAGAUUGGCGGUCUCCUAGCGCUCGAUCGAUUAAUUGAUUUUGACGGGGUAGAUGCUGCGCAAAAGACCACUCGGUUUGCUAGUUAUCUGCGCAGUGCGUUACGGAGCAAUGACAAUGCAGUGUUGAUAUAUGCCGCGCGGUCCCUCGGCCGCCUCGCGAAACCCGGCGGUGCCCUGACGGCAGAGUUGGUGGAGAGCGAAAUACAAUCUGCCCUUGAAUGGCUGCAGUCUGAAAGGCAGGAAAGCAGACGCUUUGCGGCGGUGUUGAUUAUACGAGAACUAGCCAAGGGCUCGCCGACCCUGCUGUACGGAUUCGUUCCUCAAAUCUUCGAACUGAUUUGGGUCGCCCUCAGGGAUGCCAAAGUCCUUAUCCGAGAGACUGCCGCUGAGGCCGUUAGCGAAUGUUUUGAGAUAAUUGCUGCACGAGAUGUUGGCGUGAAACAGCAGUGGUUUGCGCGUAUUUACGAAGAAUCUCUACAAGGCCUCAAGUCCAGCAAUGUAGAUUGGAUUCACGGAUCACUCUUGAUAUUGAGAGAACUUCUUCUCAAAGGUGCUAUGUUUAUGAAUGAACAUUAUAGAAAUACUUGUGAGAUCGUGCUUCGCCUCAAAGACCACCGAGACCCCAAAAUACGCACCCAGGUUGUCCGUACCAUCCCGAUACUUGCUUCCUAUGCACCGAUGGACUUUACGAACAAUUACUUGCAUAGAUUUAUGGUAUACCUCCAGGCUCAGCUUAAAAGAGAGAAGGAACGCAAUGCCGCUUUCAUUGCAAUUGGAAAGAUUGCCAAUGCGGUGGGUGUUGCAAUCGGGCAAUACCUCGAUGCAAUCAUAGUCUACAUUCGCGAAGGUUUAGCCUUGAAAGCGAGGAAUCGCGCGGGCGUAAACGAAGGACCCAUGUUUGAAUGCAUCAGCAUGCUGUCGUUAGCGGUUGGACAAGCGUUGAGCAAAUAUAUGGAAGCUCUGCUCGACCCAAUAUUUUCCUGUGGCUUGAGCGAGUCCCUAACCCAGGCUUUGGUCGAUAUGGCACACUAUAUUCCUCCCAUAAAACCCACAAUACAAGAAAAAUUGUUGGACAUGCUGAGUAUCAUCCUGUGUGGUACGCCCUUCCGACCUCUGGGAUGUCCCGAAAACAGGUUGCCUCCUGUGCCUUCUUUUGCAAAGGACUUCACUCCUCAGGAGCUCCACACCGACACAGAAGUGGCUUUAGCUUUACAUACUCUGGGCAGUUUUGACUUUUCCGGUCACAUACUAAAUGAAUUCGUUCGAGAUGUCGCCAUCAGAUACGUUGAAAGCGAAAACCCAGAGAUACGAAAGGCUUCCGCCUUGACCUGCUGUCAGCUCUUCGUGCACGAUCCUAUCAUCAAUCAAACAAGUAGCCAUUCCAUCCAGGUUGUUGGCGAAGUGAUUGACAAGCUGCUUACCGUGGGCGUGGGCGACCCUGAUCCUGAGAUCCGACGCACUGUUCUCUUGUCGUUGGACCGGAAGUUUGACCGCCAUUUAGCGAAGCCGGAGAAUAUUAGAUGCUUGUUUCUGGCCGUGAAUGACGAGAUUUUUGCUGUUCGUGAAGCUGCAAUUAGUAUCAUUGGGCGCCUUUCUAGCGUCAAUCCGGCAUACGUAUUCCCUCCUUUGAGGAAACUACUUGUCAAUCUCUUGACGGGUCUGGGUUUUGCAAGCACUGCUCGUCAAAAGGAAGAGAGUGCACAACUUAUCAGUCUUUUUGUGGCCAAUGCAACGAAACUCAUAAGAUCAUAUGUUGACCCCAUGGUUACAUCUUUACUGCCCAAGACUACUGACCCUAGUGCAAAUGUGGCGUCCACAACGUUGCGGGCCAUUGGCGAACUCGCAAAUGUUGGUGGUGCUGAGAUGAAGAGUUAUCUACCAAAGUUGAUGCCGAUUAUCCUAGACUCCCUGCAAGAUUUGUCCUCGCACUCGAAAAGAGAGGCCGCUUUGCGGACACUAGGGCAACUUGCCAGCAAUUCCGGCUAUGUGAUUGAACCGUAUAUGGAAUACCCCCAAUUACUUGCUGUCCUGAUCAGCAUUAUCAAGACAGAGCAGACGGGUUCACUGCGCAAGGAAACCAUCAAAUUACUGGGCAUUUUGGGAGCCUUGGAUCCUUACAAGUACCAGCAAAUCAGUGAAACCUCACCCGAGGUUCAUUACAUCAAUGAAGUGCAGCCGAUCUCAGAUGUUGCUCUCAUUAUGCAAGGCUUGACACCCUCCAGUGAGGAAUACUAUCCUACAGUGGUCAUCAAUACGCUUUUGCAGAACAUACUGCGCGAGAACUCUUUAGCACAAUACCACUCCGCUGUCAUCGACGCUAUUGUCACGAUCUUCAAGACCCUUGGUCUGAAAUGUGUUUCAUUCCUUGGGCAAAUAAUCCCAGGAUUCUUGUCAGUUAUUAGGAGCUCGCCUGUCAGCCGACUAGAGUCGUACUUUAAUCAGCUUGCGAUUUUGGUAAAUAUCGUACGCCAGCACAUUCGUGCUUUCUUGCCCGAAAUCAUCGACACAAUACGCGAUUAUUGGGAAUUAAACCAUCAAGUACAAGCCACUAUACUGUCUCUGAUAGAGGCUAUCUCCACAGCACUAGAGGGAGAGUUCAAGAAAUACCUGGCUGGAUUGAUUCCUUUAAUGCUGGAUACUCUUGAGAAGGACACCUCUGCACGUCGCCAGCCCUCCGAACGAAUCUUACAUACCUUCCUCAUUUUCGGUUCUAGUGGAGAAGAAUACAUGCACUUGAUCGUCCCCUCUAUUGUGCGACUCUUUGAUAAGUCGCAGAACCCCUCAAAUAUCCGCAAAUCUGCCAUUGAGACCCUUGGGAAGCUAUCACGCGAAGUUAAUGUGUCCGACUUUGCAUCGCUGAUGAUACACUCUUUGUCUCGAGUCAUCGCAAGUAACGACCGAACGCUUCAAAAAGCCGCUAUGGAUUGUAUAUGUGCUCUUAUCUUCCAACUAGGGCAAGAUUUCAAUCAUUACAUCCAGCUUAUCAAUAAGAUUAUGAAGCAAAACCAGGUUACGAAUUCGUCAUAUGAAUCGUAUGUCGUCAAAUUGCAAAAGGGCGAGUCACUCCCGCAGGAUUUGAAUAUCCAAGAAAACUAUCGCACCUUAACGGAUGACACAAACUAUGCGGAAAUAGGUCAGAAGAAAAUGCAGGUCAAUCAACAACAUCUCAAGAAUGCAUGGGAUGCCUCGCAAAAGUCAACGCGGGAAGACUGGCAAGAAUGGAUCAGACGCUUUAGCGUGGAGCUUCUGAAAGAAUCGCCAUCCCCAGCCUUGAGGGCAUGCGCCAGUUUAGCUGGCAUCUACCAACCUCUUGCUAAGGAUUUGUUCAAUGCUGCCUUCGUUUCAUGCUGGACUGAACUAUACGAUCAGUACCAAGAGGAACUUGUGCGUUCGAUUGAGAAGGCAUUGACCUCCCCUAACAUAACCCCCGAAAUUCUACAAAUACUUCUUAAUCUGGCAGAAUAUAUGGAGCAUGAUGACAAGGCUCUGCCGAUUGACAUCCGGACUUUGGGCCGGUAUGCGGGUAAAUGUCAUGCAUUCGCAAAAGCUCUUCACUACAAAGAACUCGAGUUUGAACAGGAUCAAAACUCAGGCGCAGUAGAAGCCUUGAUUACAAUCAAUAAUCAGCUUCAACAGUCGGAUGCAGCCAUCGGUAUUCUACGCAAGGCUCAGGCAUAUCGUGAUGUUGAACUUAGAGAGACCUGGUUUGAGAAGCUUCAGCGCUGGGAUGAAGCGCUUGCAGCCUACAAACGGCGUGAGAAACAAGACCCAGACUCUUUCGGCAUUACCAUGGGAAAAAUGCGCUGUUUACACGCUCUUGGAGAAUGGAAGCUUCUAUCUGAUUUUGCACAGGAAAAAUGGAACCAGGCGUCUGUGGAGCAUAGGCGAGCCAUCGCACCGCUAGCUGCUGCAGCUGCUUGGGGUCGUGGCCAGUGGGAGCUUAUGGACUCUUAUCUCAGUGUUAUGAAAGAACAUACCCCGGAUCGAUCUUUCUUUGGUGCUAUCUUAGCCAUUCAUCGGAACCAGUUUGAAGAAGCAGCACUUUACAUUGAAAAAGUACGAAACGGGCUGGAUACAGAGCUUUCUGCUCUUUUGGGUGAAUCCUACAAUCGGGCUUAUGAUGUCGUUGUUCGCGUGCAAAUGCUUGCAGAGCUUGAAGAAAUUAUCAUUUUCAAGCAAAAUGUUGGCGAUCCCGAAAAGCAGCAAGCAAUGCGUGAUACGUGGACCAAGAGAUUACUUGGUUGCCAACAGAACGCUGAAGUGUGGCAACGAAUGUUGAAAGUACGGCAGCUUGUAACCACGCCUCAGGAAAAUCUAUAUAUGAUGAUCAAGUACGCCAAUCUCUGUCGGAAAUCGAACAGAAUGGGUAUCGCCGAGCGCACUCUGGCUUCCUUGGAGACAGCAGUCGAAGGACCUAAUGGUGUCGAAACCGUGGUGGUACCGCCGGAAGUCAAAUACGCACGCUUCAAGUUUGCAUGGGCGCAGGGACAUCAGUCUGAAGCCUUGCAGUCUCUGAAAGAAUUCACUGCCAGCCUAGCAGAUGAUUUAACGAGGUACAAUGCCCUCAUAGCGAAUCAUGCCGAACAUGAUGGUACGAAUGGCGUCAAUGGUAUCAUUGAUACCAAUCCAGACAUCACUCACCUACGGUCGCGAGUUGGGGAUGCAACGAAAUUAAGGAAACUUCUCGCCAAGGGCUAUCUAAAGCAGGGCGAGUGGCAGACAGCUCUUCAGAGUGGUGACUGGCGACCGGAACAUGUUCGCGAAGUGCUUAAUGCCUACUCGGCAGCAACCCAGUUCAACCGCGACUCUUAUAAAGCUUGGCAUGCAUGGGCUUUGGCGAAUUUUGAAGUCGCCACAACCUUGGCUGCUCAGCAGAGUCGUGAUGGUUCCUCGGUUCCUGGGCAUAUUGUCAAUGAGCACGUUGUUCCGGCAAUUCGCGGCUUCUUCCGAUCAAUUUCGCUGUCCUCUACAUCUUCUCUGCAGGAUACUUUGAGGUUACUCACUUUAUGGUUUACGCACGGAGGCGAUCAAGAUGUUAAUAGUGUCGUUACUGAAGGGUUCUCUUCGGUAAAUAUCGACACCUGGCUUGCAGUUACGCCACAAUUGAUUGCGCGCAUCAAUCAGCCAAAUGCACGAGUGCGCACUUCAGUGCAUCGGCUCCUCAGUGAAGUUGGAAAGGCACAUCCGCAGGCACUCGUAUACCCGUUGACUGUUGCGAUGAAAUCCAAUGUUGCUCGACGAUCUCAAUCAGCCACCUAUAUCAUGGAAAGCAUGAGGCAACACAGUGCUAAGCUUGUCGAACAAGCCGAUAUUGUCAGUAAUGAGCUAAUCCGUGUUGCUGUUUUGUGGCACGAACUGUGGCAUGAAGGUCUAGAGGAAGCGUCCCGACUGUAUUUCGGUGACCAUAACGUGGAAGGCAUGUUCUCCACGCUGGCUCCUCUUCAUGACUUGCUCGAUAGAGGAGCUCAGACCUUGAGGGAGGUUUCAUUCACUCAAGCCUUCGGACGCGAUUUGGCUGAAGCCAGACAAUGCUGUAUCAUAUACCGUGAAACCGAAGAGCUUGGAGAUCUGAAUCAAGCCUGGGAGCUGUACUACACUGUUUUCCGCAAGAUUGCACGUCAGCUGCCUCAAUUGUCCACGCUGGAUUUGAAAUACGUGUCUCCCAAACUUAAGGAUGCCGUGGAUCUUGACCUCGCCGUUCCAGGAACGUACCACCCAGGCAGGCCCGUUAUCAAAAUAUCAAGCUUUGACCCCGUUCUUUACGUUCUUCAGACCAAGAAGCGACCGCGAAGAAUGACCCUCAAGGGAAGUGACGGCAACUCUUACAUGUACCUUGUUAAGGGACACGAGGAUAUUCGGCAGGACGAACGUGUUAUGCAGCUGUUCGGUCUUGUGAAUACACUACUUGAUAACGAUAGCGAGAGCUUCAAGCGACAUUUGUCCGUCCUGAGAUUCCCGGCCAUCCCACUGUCCCAAAAUUCGGGUCUAUUAGGUUGGGUUUGCAACAGCGACACUUUGCAUGCGCUUAUCAAGGAGUAUCGAGAAAGCCGGCGUAUCUUGCUCAAUAUCGAGCAUCGCAUCAUGCUUCAAAUGGCGCCUGAUUACGACAACCUCACGUUAAUGCAGAAGGUCGAAGUCUUUGGAUACGCUAUGGACAACACUACGGGCAAGGAUCUAUACCGUGUGCUUUGGCUGAAGAGCAAGAGCUCGGAGUCUUGGCUCGAGCGGCGUACUAAUUACACGCGUUCUCUUGGAGUCAUGUCAAUGGUCGGAUACAUACUCGGCCUUGGUGAUAGACAUCCUUCGAAUCUGCUGCUUGAUAGGGUUACUGGAAAAGUGGUGCAUAUCGAUUUUGGCGAUUGUUUCGAGAUCGCUAUGCACCGGGAGAAAUAUCCUGAACGAGUUCCGUUCCGGCUUACCCGCAUGUUAACGUUUGCUAUGGAAGUCAGCAAUAUCGAGGGAAGCUAUCGCAUUACAUGUGAGGCAGUCAUGCGCGUCAUUCGAGAAAACAAGGAGUCCUUGAUGGCGGUGCUGGAAGCUUUUAUCCACGAUCCUCUGAUCAAUUGGCGCCUUGGAGCUCGUGAGUCACCAGAACGGCCAUCAUUCGCUACAGUAGACCGUCGGCAAUCUAUCGCCGACGAUGUCAAUCUCGAGCACGGCAUUCAACCAAGCAAUUUCUCGCGUCAUCGUAGGGCGUCGAUCUUGGAAGGCGGCGGUAUCCUAGACGCACCACAGGGAUUCCCGACCGAGGCACGAGAGGCCCAGAACGCGCGUGCCUUGCAAGUCCUCGCUCGUGUCAAGGAGAAGCUUACGGGACGUGACUUUAGACAGAAUGAAGAGCUGAACGUUAGCGACCAGGUCGACAAGCUCCUCGCUCAGGCGACUAGCGUUGAGAAUAUCUGUCAGCAUUGGAUUGGAUGGUGCAGCUUCUGGUAG